AUGGCUAUAGUCAAUAGCAGACCCUUGACUAUAGAUAACUUGAAUAGCCCCAACAGCCUGGAACCGCUCACGCCCAAUCAUCUACUGCACAUGAAAUCCAAUGCACCGUUGCCCCCACCUGGUGCCUUUUCAAAUGAGGACCUGUACAGCAAGAAGAGGUGGCGCCGCGUGCAGUUCCUUGCAGAGCAGUUCUGGAGCCGCUGGAGACGAGAAUACAUUCACAACAUCAUUUCAAGGCAAAAGUGGCACUCACCAAAGAGGAAUCUAAAACUCUUACGAUGUAGGAAGGCCGUCUGUGCCGGGAAGGAGUUUCAUGAGCGGGAGGCCAGCCGGAGGCAGAGGGAGACGCCGUCUGACUGUGUGAUCAACAACAUGGCUCUGCUUCAGCAUCCCCGGCUGCUGCUCGCCUGUGUAGGGCUGCUGCUGCUGCUCACCUUUGGCAGCAUCAACGCUCGAUCUUCGCCUAUAUCGGACUUGAAAUCCAAAAUAUCCGGGGUGGAGGAGCUCUUGGAGGAAUUCCGUAAACAGCUGCAGCAGGACCAGACCUACAGGACAGGUGAAGUGAUGGACUCCUGCGUGGGCGACUUCAGUGCCGCGGGGGAUCGCAUCAUCCGGGCCAAGGACUCCAUCGAGCAAGGAGCCACCUUCCUGCUGGCCCCGGACAGGGUGUACACCAGGAAGGACUGUGUGCACGCCUGCUGCUCCCAGCCUCACUGCACAGUUGCGGUGCUUCACGAGGACCAAAGGCAGCCCGGGGACAGUCUCCGCUGCUACCUGUUUAACUGCACCUACAGGAGUAAGAAUGUGUGCGCCUUCUCGGCUCAGAAAGGCUUCACGACAUACAGCCGGACUCCCAACACAACGCAGGGACACCUCCCUGUUUCAUCUAGCGACUCAGCCCGGAGGCCCGGAGAAGAAGCUCCUGAUGAGGAUGAUGCAGACGUGGAUGAGCCUCCUCGCAGUGACGCUGGACAGGAUGUGGUUAUCCAGCUGCCCACAGAUUGGGCUGUGCUGGAUGGCCGUGACAGCGUGGACGACCACGGGAUCCGCCGCUAUGAGUGGAGUCUGAUUAAAGGAGACACAGCCAUCAAUAUGAAGUCAACACAUCCAGGUUUGCUGAAGAUCAGUGGCCUCCAGGAAGGAGUCUACACGUUUCAGAUGACAGUCACUGACACGGCGGGACAGAAGAGCUCCGAUAACAUCUCUGUCACCGUACUGGCUCCAAAACACCAAGCAGAAGUAUGUACCGGUCACUGCUCAAACUACCAAUUUAAGUGUGAUGACGGUUGCUGUAUUGACAUCACCUAUGCCUGCGAUGGGAAGCAGCACUGUCCAGACCGCUCAGACGAAGACUUCUGCCCAAACUUCGAUGGCAGCCGAAAGUCAGUGACCCACGCUGUGGACCUGCCCAGCCCUCAGCGGCCUGUCGCUCAGACAAAGAAAGCUGAAGACGACUCCAUGCUCCCGACUGGAGCCAGAAAGACCAUCACACCGCAAGACACAAGCAAGGCGGCUCCUUCUCAAAGUGCCAGUGAGCAGGAAGCUUCAGUCAGUCAAGACCCAUGUGCUGCUGCUCCAGUUGUGGGACCCUGUAAAGGCACCUUCCCACGGUGGUACUACGACCAAAAUGUGGGAGAGUGCAAACACUUCCUGUAUGGAGGCUGCCAGGGAAACCACAACAACUUCCUCCAGGAGUUGGACUGUGUCAGUGAAUGCAUACAAAAAAGUCCAGCUUUCAGACCUGCCAGUGUGGCUCCUCCAGUCACCAAGCAGACUGAGAUAGCUUCCCCUAAAGCCAACCAGAGCCAAGCAGUGAGUGACGCCCCCAUCUCCAAACCAUUUCCAGUUCCUCUGACACUUGGCCUAAUCAUCACUGCCGUGCUGCUGCUCAUGAUCUGUCGUCUGAUCUUCUUGGAUGUGACUCCUGAAAAGAGAUUCACCAUGAUUCUGGUUCUCCUUUCACAAGAGAACAGUGAUGUUGGUGUGGAGGAGGAGGAGCAGUUGUCCUGCUGUGCUUUGGGUCAAGAUGUCUCAGAGGAUUCAGUCGCUACCAGUUGUGGCAUCUCUGUCCAAACAGAUGCGAGUCUGGAAGAGGUUUUAGAAGAAUAUAAGAUCAGUCUGAGGAGGAGGUUUGAAAGUGUGACUGAAGAAACUGAUAAUACAGGAAGUGGAACCCUCCCGAACAGGAUCUACACUGAGCUCUACAUCACAGAGGGACAGAAUGAAGACGUUCAUAACCAACAUGAGGUGAUGCAGCUGGAGACAGCUUCCAAGAUGGAGGCUCUUGAUGACAUUACAGUCAGAAGUAACACAAAAGAAGAAGUGGGAGCUGGCCUGACACCAGUAACUGACUUCCAGUGA